UCACGUGACAGGGAAGGCCGCUCCCAGGGAGGAGCUGGAAGCGGUGGCGUCACUUCCGGCGCGCGCGGCAGCAUGGCGGAAGCAGAGGAGGUGCCGCCGCCGGCGUCGUCGCCGCAGAGCGAGGGCGGCGAGGAAGCCCCGGCAGGCGGAGCUACGGCGGGGGGCGCCGAGCCCACACCGCCUCCGGCCGGAUCGCCAAACACUGAGGAGUCCGCGGGGGACGCGAAGAGGAAAAUUGAUAUCCUGCUGAAGGCUGUGGGUGACACCCCCAUCAUGAAGACCAAGAAGUGGGCUGUGGAGCGGACUCGGACUAUCCAGGGCCUUGUGGACUUCAUCAAGAAGUUCCUGAAGCUCAUGGCCUCUGAACAGCUGUUCAUAUAUGUAAACCAGUCUUUUGCUCCAUCUCCAGACCAAGAAGUUGGAACCCUCUAUGAGUGUUUUGGAAGCGAUGGCAAGCUGGUAUUGCAUUAUUGCAAAACCCAGGCGUGGGGAUGAAUGAGAAGCAAUACAGUUGUUUAGGUGUUGUCUUCAAAAAUGGAAAGGGUCUAACUUUCUUAAAAUUAACCUGCAAACACACAAAAAGAAGGAUUUUUGCAUUUCUGCUUAUAACUGUACAUUUGUUAAAAUUACCCAGAUGAAUAGCAUAAAAGAAGAGCUACCUAGGCUAUCUGGUGAUGUAGCUUUUUCAUGAUGUGCAGCUGAGGUACAGAAAAAAAAAAUCAGUAUCUGCCAUCUGUACAGCAGAACGAGAUUUUUUUUACUGCUGUGGUCUCAAUCACUGUAUAUGAGGGGAAACCAUUUCGUAGUUGUCUAGAGGACUGGACAGCUCUGUUGCUCUACAUGCUGUACUGGAGAUAAAAGUUCCCAUAUAUUAAAAGAAGUGUUUAUUGUACAUGUA